AUGAAUUGCUACUGCGAAAUUCCUGUAAAGUGCACGGCGGGCAAGGACGGCAAUCUUAGUUACGUAUGCGCCAUCAGUAAAUGUCGUUUUUUUGCAUUGUGUCCCUUGCAUGCCGACGGAUGGCGUAGGGUGGUGGCUCCCCCUGCCGUUGCAGGUGAAUUUAUCGUGGUCCGCUUUGAGGCAGUGCUACAUCCGGAAAAGAAGACGCCGCAUGUGGCUGCCACAGUCUCACCACCUGAAGUGGAAGCGGUGGUCGCCGUUCUUGAGGACGCGCAGUUUCAGCCCAUGUGGUACGUGGCGAAGAAGGCGUAUUUGUAUCCGAUGGAGUCCUACAGCCACCUGCUUGUGGCACUGAGGAAACUUUUAGUCCGAGUGCAUAUCGAGGAGAUCCCGUCCUUCUUCUUUCGUUGCCUGGAAGCCGUACAAGAGAUUCAACUACAGCAUGAACGGAAUAUUGAUGGAAACGCCUCACAACCUGCUGAUGCG